AUGUCUUCGAUCAAGAGGAGGAAAACGUCGCAUAAAAAGUCCGAAGAGGCGGAAACGCCGUCACCACCUCAAGUGUUGACAUCCACCCUCGCCGUGCAAACCUCAUCCACCAAACCGAAGAAUUCAAAGGCAAAACGACCGCGCGAUGACGAGUCGGACGAGGAAGAAGAAGAGGUGAAGAAUGUCGAAGAAGGGGAGGAAACAGCCGAAAGUGAAGAGCAAGCGGCGCCCAGCARGACCUUUGCAGAGCUGGGAGUCAUCGAUUCUCUCUGCGAGGCAUGCACAUCCCUCGGAUUCACAACACCCACUGCAAUUCAGCGAGAGGCGAUUCCAGUCGCUCUCCAAGGCAAGGACAUUAUCGGUUUGGCAGAGACGGGAUCCGGGAAAACAGCUGCCUUUGCGUUGCCAAUCCUGCAAGAACUCCUCUCCACACCGCAACCGCUGUUCGGCCUGGUUUUGGCUCCUACUCGCGAACUGGCCUACCAGAUUUCCCAGCAAUUCGAAGCUCUAGGCAGUUUGAUCUCCGUACGAUGUGCUGUAAUCGUGGGUGGAAUGGACAUGGUACCGCAAGCCAUCGCAUUGGCCAAGAAACCGCACAUCAUUGUCGCCACACCCGGUCGUUUGCUCGAUCAUCUUGAAAACACCAAAGGAUUCUCCUUACGAACACUAAAGUACCUGGUAAUGGACGAAGCCGAUCGUCUGUUGGAUCUCGAUUUCGGACCCAUUCUCGACAAGAUCUUCCAGGUCCUACCGCGAGAGAGACGAACAAUGCUGUUCUCCGCGACCAUGAGCACAAAACUCAACAAUCUGACACGCGCCGCUCUCCAGAACCCGGUCAAGGUUUCAAUAUCCUCGAGCUCUUACCAGACAGUUCAAAACCUCCUUCAGAGAUACAUCUUCAUUCCGCACAAAUUCAAGGACGUCUACCUCAUCUACCUCCUCAAUGAACACCGAGGACGAACCUGCAUCAUCUUCACACGAACAAUCAACGAAACAGCUCGCAUCGCUUUCCUCUUGCGUGCACUAGGACAUUCCGCCAUUCCCCUCCACGGACAACUGACACAGAGCGCUCGUCUGGGAGMUCUCAACAAAUUCCGAAGUGGAUCGCGAGAAAUCCUCGUAGCGACCGAUGUAGCAGCACGAGGUCUCGAUAUUCCUUCCGUCGAUCUAGUCAUCAACUUUGAUCUCCCUCCCGACAGCAAAACUUAUGUGCAUCGUGUUGGAAGAACGGCCCGAGCAGGAAAGAGCGGCGUGGCCAUUUCCGUGGUGACGCAGUAUGACAUUGAAAUCUACCAGAGGAUCGAAAAGGCCUUGGGGAAGAAAUUGGAGGAAUUCAAGGCGGAGAGGGAAGCGGUGAUGAUCUUCAUGGGAAGAGUGCAGGAAGCUCAGAGGGUUGCUGUGAGAGAGAUGAAGGCUGAGCAUGAGAAACGCGGAGGAGGCAAGAAAGGAAUCUCGGGUGGGCGUGAUAAGAAAAGAGGGGGUGGGAAGGGACGAGAUGGAAUGGAUGCCGAGGAGGGAUAG